AUGAAGUCAUCCUUUCCGAGUUUAGACAAGAAGGUGCCGGAGAGCAAAAAGUAUGCGCACAUUGGCUCAUCUAUUGACACUGGAGCUUCAGCCAAGAAGGAAAAGCUUCACUCAGCGAACGUCAUGGCCAAGCGCAAGGAUGAGAUCUUCAAGCGCAUUCGUGCUGGCACGCUGGUGCGAAUGCUGCAAGACAGAGAGGUCUCGGAGUCCGUCUACGCUCUCGGUCCCGGCUCCGAGCAUGGGGACCGCGCCAGCGCGUCCUCCGUCAUGGCCUCCAAGGCCGGGCCUGCGGCUCCACCGAUGAGCGUGGCCUCGGUGGGUUCCGUUGCAGGGGUUGACGAGCCUAACGCAUGCUGGUACGUGUGGCGGAUGGAGUGGCGAGCAGCUUGCGCCGAGCUGCAUUUUGAGAAGUCCGUGCUGAAGCACGCACUCUCCAAACAUGUCCACCACUUUGACUACCGGGAUGGCAUGCGUUCAAAAUGUGCAAGUGCGAGGGGACCGAGGCCGUGUCCUGUGCAGGUUCGGAAAAGUCCGCCGCGCCCUCGAAUGAUGGAAGAUGCUGUUCGGGACAUCUACGAGGAGCCUCCAGCUCGACCUGCCAGGCGAUGGCCCGGGCCGGUGCUGCUGGCCUUGGAGAGACGGCCCAGCAUCAAAGCCGAGCGGCCAUGCUCUCGAUGUUUUCGCAACUUUCAACGGUUCAUGGAGAAGCAUGUCGUCGUCGACAGUCCCGCCCUUGAGGAUGUUCACAGCCAUGACUGGGCUUUGGAAGAUGUUGCAAUGAAUCAAAAGCCGUCCGAAUCUCCCAGGAACAAAGAGACGAGCCCGCCUCCAGUUCAGACCUUCACUGGACACGACUCUCAAGAAGAGGCUUGGACGAGGUGGCAGUUUCUGCAGCACAUGCCAGACUACUUGGCUCUGAUGCUCGAGCAGAAGGAAUAUCGCGACUUCGUGAGCAAAGCGCACCAGUCGCAACUCCUGAGUGCUCGACGCCAGGUCAUGGCCUCUGACCUCGCCAUUCUGCUCCGUGUGCUCCCGAUGUUCAAUGAUGAUCCCGGUGACAGCAGCGACAUUGCGGAGGAGCUUGCUCAUGUACUAGGCAAUGAGGGCCAGGGUCGAAGUCAGAGGCGGGCGCGUACGACGAAUCUCCCGACGGUGCAGAGGAGGGCCAGCAAGCUAGCAUCCUUGCCAACUUCUACAGCAGCGGGUUUGGGCGAGUCGCUGGCUAUGCGCAGAGCAAGUGUGGAGAACAUGACGGAUAACAUCGUGGAAGCCAUUCGCCAAGCCAGUGGGAAAGCCAAAGGGGGACGGACAGCAAACAAAGGGCCAGGGCGGCCGAGCAAUAAGGGCAGGAGGCAAUCACUGGGCCAAGAGCGCCCGAGGCAUUCAACUGCACAGUCCAACCUCUUUGAAGCGCGCAGAAACAGCUCUGCACUGGGCUUCGAGCCCCCGGGCGAUGAGAACCGCGACUCCCCCGAAUCCUUUGAGGCGGUUUCCUUGGAGACCCUCCUUGAUGUUGUUCCUGCGGCGACCAAGAUGAGAUGGGGCGACAUACUCAAUGUCGCAGACGCAGAUCUUGAAAUCUCCAAGCCUCGCUUUAUAUCGAAGCUGGCUCAUGCCAUACGGCAGAAACCGCAGUGGUUCAUCUUGCGCGAGUCAAUCGGUGAGACGUCGGCAGAGCUUGUGGAGCCACAGCCUUUGGACUCCCCAUUGCCACCCUCCGCAGAGGACGUGCCUCACAGUUGUCACUGUUGGCUCGGGUCACUCAUGGUCCUACAUCGGCUUCCAGAAAUCGCAGAGAAGCUCUCCGAGACCUGGCAGUUUCAGAUCUCCACGGAGCGACUCCAACACGUCGCCAGCUCCAUGGAGCGAGCCGAAAGUUUGGCUCUCUGCGGCGGCUUCGCGCUCACCUUAGACGUGUGCAGGGCUCGGGCCACAGAUCUCCUGUCGCCGCUGCGGCCUUUGCCGGGCUCGGAGGCUCUCUCGCCAGCGUGGCUCAAGCGAGUCUUCGAAACCAAGGACGAAGAGGCGAAUCCGAACGAGCUAGGGGAUGACCUGCGGCUCCUUGCACAGUGCCUCGCGCUCCAAGCCGCCGGCGCGAACUUUGAGCAGGACAUCGACAGCCCAGUGCUGGAGUUCAGCCAAAAAGCCUGGCGGCACUUCUGCAGGACCUAUCUCGGCGAGCAGGCAGGCGGUUCGGAUGCAGCAGCUUUUGCCGAAGCAAUGGAUCACCUCAUUCCAGAGACUUCCCUCAAGCAUGGUGAGGUUUUCUAUCGGCCCAUGCUCGGAGCGUUGACUUUGGAGUUGCUACUUCAGAAGGAGGUGGCCCACCGGGUGCGCUCCAACACCGGGAAGGUGGAGAACUCGGACCUCCACUGGAGGGUCGAAAUCAUCGAAUCUAGCAUGCAGGACUACCUUCCGGAACUCAUGUGGCAGGUGAUGGGCUGGAAUACACCAGCCGGGCGAAGAGUGUUGAGAAGGUGCAGCUUCGCUUUCUUUCAACUGACUGCAGAGACGAAGAACGAGAUGACUCGAAAGGGCUUUCUCCGACUGUGCCAUGAAGCAGGGUGGGAUUCCAAAUUCCGGAGCAGAUCGGCCAGCGAUGCUUUCUUCGGGAGCAUUUUCGAUGAUGCUGUAUUCGGCAUCAGUGCAGAUUUGCUGAACUUCCUGCAGAUUCUGAAGAUGACGGCUGAGCUCAUUGUUCUUCCUGAUCGAGGCUGCUGUGGAAUCUUCGCAGCGCUGGAGGGCGUUGCGGACGACUUGACCGAAGUGCUCCGGACGAUGGAGCCAUUGGGUAACCGCGCAAGCACAGCGCCAGCUGUGAAGCACAUUCAGGCUCGCGAGCGGAGGUCUGUAGUCAGUGUCGUUGAGACGGACACCACCGUCUCUGAGGCGCGGGACCUCGUUUUGCUGGAUGUACGAGAGGGAGAUGAGUUCGACCAGUGCCACCUCCCCUUGGCGGUGUCCUACCCCGCGCCCAAGAUCAACAGGGACCAGUUCAUUCCUGAACUGCUGCGUUGCAAACGUGACCCUGGAAAGUUGCUGGUGGUAUAUGGGGCAAACGAGCAAGCCACCAUUGGAGUGGCAAAGCUCCUUGUAGAAAAGGGAUGGGAAAAUGUUCAUGCACUCAGCGGUGGCUUCGAGGAGAUGAUUCAAAGCUACCCGGAGGUUCUGGAAGGUACGGUGCCCGAUAGGCCACUGACAACCAGCACCACCCGAUCUGCGCCGCGGAGGUGA